AUGUGGAGCCGUGCCCUGCUUCCCUUGGCUGCUGUGCCAGUAUCAAUUGCUCUGCAACGAAAGAAGGAGACAAAGUGGCUUCCAACACGAUGCAGGGAUGAGAAUGAGGCUAGAUUCAAGCGAGUUCUGGUCUCUGGUGGUGCAGGCUUCCUAGGCUCGCACAUUUGUCGGCGACUGCUUGCGGAGGGCCACGAGGUGAUGUGCUUGGACAACUUCUUCACGUCGACCCGGUCUGGUAUUGCGGAUUUGAUGGGCCAUCCUCGAUUUGAGUUCAUCCGCCAUGACGUGACAGAGCCCUUCUUCUGUGAAUGUGAUCAGGUCUACAACAUGGCGUGUCCAGCGUCCCCAGUGCACUACCAGUGGAAUCCAAUUAAAACCACCAAGGUUUCAAUUCUUGGCACCAUGAAUAUGAUGGGCCUGGCUAAGCGGGUCAAGGCUCGAAUUCUCCAAGCCUCUACCAGCGAGAUCUAUGGCGACCCCGAGGUGACUCCUCAAAGCGAGGAGUACUGGGGUCAUGUCAAUACUAUCGGCGUCCGGUCGUGUUAUGAUGAGGGCAAGCGUGUAUCAGAGACCUUGGCUUUUGACUAUGUUCGCAUGCAGAACGUGGAUAUCCGCGUGGCCCGAAUUUUCAACACCUACGGGCCUGGCAUGCAUCCCUAUGACGGUCGGGUGGUCAGCAAUUUCAUCCUGCAGGCUUUGCAGGGAGAGGACAUCACCGUCUAUGGUGACGGUUCUCAAACCAGAUCGUUUGGCUACGUCGACGACACUGUCGAUGGACUGAUUCGACUAAUGAACCAAGAUAAAACGAUUGGUCCUGUGAACAUUGGGAAUCCACACGAGUUCACGGUGAAGGAGCUUGCAGAGAUGGUUGUGGAGCUGACCGGAUCUAAAAGCAAGAUUGUCUACUUGCCUUUGCCUGGCGACGAUCCAAAGCAGCGUCGACCGAACAUCACAAGGGCCCAGAAAUUGCUAGACUGGGAGCCCAAGGUAGAACUGCGAGAAGGCUUGCAGAAGACUAUUGAGUACUUCAAGGCUCUGGACCUGAGGAAGUUCAGUAAACCAACAGCGCACAGCGCUCACCGCAACACUGUGGACGAGGCGAAAGUCAGGAAACGCUUGUCUUACGCCCUGGCAUCGAAGCCAACACCUUUGCAUGGUGCACUUGAUGCCGGAGUUCAGCUGCCGGAAUCGUGCCAGACCUGCUACGACAAGAUUGCUCAUUGGCGUGACCUCCAGGGUGAUCGUGAAAACGGAGUCUUUUUUGGUUUCAAGACAGUGAUCAUGCUCCUGCAUCGGAUCGGAGACGACUCACCAAGCGACGUAUGCUGCUACUGCGGAGGGGGCAUCAUCAAGGAAUGUGAUGCUACCUGCCGCGCUGUGAAGCAGCAUGAGGUGAGCAAUGUCCAGUAUGGCUUUGACGCCAUGUCAGACGAGAUGCGCUCGCCGCUCAUGAGCCUGUAUCGGAUGAUUGUUUGUGUGACAGAUGGAGCAGAGGUUGGUGAAGGGAAGGCUAGUCUUGGCAAGGCAGUGCAGCAACUGCAUCAGAAUAGCCAGAUGCAUCUGCAGGAGGACCUUCGUACAGAAGAGAAAAACUUUGAGCAGCUCACGGAGCAUACGGCUUGGACACCCAGGGAGCACACCGGGCAAGAUAGGGAAGCACUGGCAGCGAAGAAUGUCGAUGAGUGCCUGGCUGAGAUCGUGAGAGUUUGGCAGCUUGAGAAGAGCCUCAAGAACGUGGACAGUGCCCCAUGGUCAGAACUGGAGGUCAGUGUGGCCAGCAUCAGCGGCCAAAGCAUUGCUCUCGUCUCCAUACCUUUGACGGCUAUCCUGGGUGAACUGAAAGAAAAGAUUCAACGGGAAGAGGGCACACACAAACUUCAGCAGCAACUGUUGCAACCAGGUGACUUCACAAAGCUCAGCAAUACUCAAUGCAUUGCCGAGCUCUGUCCAGCGGACAACAAGCUGGAUCUCAUCUUGGUACGCAACGCCAACUUCUUUGCUAGUGAAAAGUUUGAGGGCCCAAUGGAAGGCUACGCAUUUAAAAUGGGUGAAGAAGGGCUUGGAUACUACAAUGAUGAGUAUCAGCGGGAAGAAGGACCCAAAGCAGACCCUUGGGAUGGUCUUUGGCAAUUUACAGAAAGAGCUCGUGGUGUACAUCAUGCCACACCCCGGACAGUGAUCAUUGCCAGGGGCAAAGUUUAUUGGGGCACUGACUUCCAGAAACACAUUGUCGGUGGAGUCUCCGACCUUCAGCGAAUCGAUGAGACGCGCUUUUCCGUUUCAGCAAAAGAAGGUCUUCGAUUUGCGACGCUCGAGAGUUUCCAGCUCCUGCGUUGGGACACACAUCCUGAGGCAUCAUUCCCCAAUGAUUGGACUCGCCUCAUGUAA